UCCUCUGAGAUAUUCGAAAGAGAGUUGAUGAGUUGAACAAAUUAAACGAGACAGAUUAUAGAUAGCUAGUUCUCCCGAGCCCAACCUCACGACGACUACAGAGUACAGACUACUCCUCUCCUCUGCCCUUUGAAAAGGAAACUCUGCCUUGGACGACCUGAGUUUUAAUUUGCAUGCGCGCGCUAUCUUCUCGAAGCAACGUUGAUGUGCUUCGAGCUGGCGGACCCACGCGGACCACACGGCGGCAGUCCGGGGAAGAGCGGCGGCGAUAACUCCGGAGCAUCGCCCGCGGCAAUGGCAAUGGCGAGCCCGGAGGAGCUCAUGUCCGGGUACUACCAGGCGCAGGAGAUGUCCACGAUGGUGUCGGCGCUGUCGAGGGUCGUGGCCAGCGACGACCCGUGGGCCGCGGAGGCGUCCUCUUGGGCCGCGCCGGCGUCCGGCGCCGGCGGAGCGGGAAACGCAAUGCACGGAGCAGGAAGAGGAGGAUACUACGGGCAGGAACAGGGGAGCUUCUUCCGGGGGGCGCCGUCGCAGGAGUUCGCAGGAUCGGAUCAGAGCUCCGACACCCAGAGCGCGGCGACCAUGGAGGCGGAGCAGCACCACCACCACCACCAGCAGCAGGCGAACCCGGAGGCGCCGCGGCGGCGGUACCGCGGGGUGCGGCAGCGGCCGUGGGGCAAGUGGGCGGCGGAGAUCCGGGACCCGCACAAGGCGCAGCGCGUCUGGCUCGGCACCUUCGACACCGCGGAGGCGGCGGCGCGCGCCUACGACGAGGCCGCGCUGCGGUUCCGCGGCAGCCGCGCCAAGCUCAACUUCCCGGAGGACGCGCGCCUCCACCCGGCGCCCACCACCGCCGCCGCCGCCGUGAACCCACCGGCUCAGGCGCCGGUCGCGGCGGCGGCGGCUUCGAUCUCGGCGGCAGCCACGAUGUACCCCGGCGCCGCCCAGACCGCGGACGCCUACCUGCGCUACCAGAUGCUGCUGCAGAGGAGCGGCGUCACCAUCAACAACCAGGGCGCCCUCGUCCCGCUCUACGGCGGCGGCAUGGCCGGCUCUUAUGGCGGCGGCGGCGCCACGAGCGCCGGUUUGGGAUCCUACUAUUCGUUCCCUUCCUCCUCUGUUUCGGUGGCCACCGUCCCCUCGUCUUCCUCUGCUUCCUCUGCUUCGGGCGGGCAGUACUACUCUUCGUCGCACGACUCGCAUCAUCAUCAUUAUCAGCAACAUCAGCAGCAGCAGCAGGGCGAGGCGGCGGCGGAGUGGAACUGGGAGAGCGCCCUGGACUACCCGGGGACGACGGCUUCGUGGUCCGACUCCCCGCCGCCGCCUCACAACCAAUAGUCGGCCAGUCGCGACAACAAAACCCAGAUUCCUCUGCCGUUCUGGAAGAAUAAAGCGCGUACGGAAGGAGAUGGAGACGGAGAUGGGGGCGCAGCAAGCAAAAUCGGGAAUGUUGUCGGACGUGCGCGAUUGACAGACAUAUGUGCUCUUUGUUCGUUGAUUAGUUUUGGUGAUGACCUUGUGAUGUGAGGUCAUCGGUCAUCCUGGAGUGUCAUUUUUUUUUUCCUUCUGUUUUUGUUUGGCUGCCAUGAGAAGGAAAAGCAAGCAUGGAGAUCAAGCGAUUGAGUAUUUCAGAUGAUGGUGGCGUGACAAGCAUGUGGCUUAGUGGAGAAGUAUUACAUUUUGGAAGGGUCCAGUCGAGUCGUCCUCCAAUUUUUUUAAUUGAAAAUAACGUUGCUGCAUGUGCACAAAA